CCGACGAAUCUAGUAUACCCUUUUACUCUACGAGUAACGGGUAUAAUUAGUAAUCUAGCAUCAAAACUGUAGGAGCCACGGUUUUGGGCGGUUUGUUGGCGUCGGAGUGGGGGUGGCACCCUGCCCUUUUACUCCACGAGUAACGGGUAUAAUUACACCGGAAAAGCUUGUUUCAUCACAAAGGGUAUGGGUUUGUUUUUCGUCUGCUGUUCUACGAAGACCAUGCAUCUAGAGCCUACAUCCGAUUUAACGACUGAGAAAUUUCUUGCCGCCUUCGCUCGGUUCGUAUCCAAAAGAGGGUGCCCUCGCCAAGUUCAGUCCGACUAUGGAAGAACUUCGUCGGCGCUGCCACCUUGCUUUCCCGAGUCUUCCUGAAAGCCGUUAAGAAGUCUGUAACUGAUACGUAUAGUCACCAGUAGCUAAACUGCUAAAAUCGAGGCUUGUCUCAACUCCAGACCGCUAUCUCCCAUGUCAGAGGAUCCUACCGAUCUGACACCAGGUCACUUUCUGGUCGGCGGACCUCUUCUGUCCAUAGUGGAACCCGAAGAAAACGGAGAAUCGAAAUCUAUUAUAAACCAGUGGCAACACUUAAAGGCUCUCUAUCAUCAAUUCCGUGCUCGACGGAAGGGUGAGUACUUUAAAGAGCUUCACAAGCGCAACAAUAGGAAAUUUCCCACAGAAAAUCUGCGCGUCGGCGACAUGGUCGUCGUCAAGGACAACAAUCUGCCCUCAAAUGAGUGGCGACUCGGUAGAAUAGACUCCGUUUUUCCGGGAGCCGAUGGCAACGUCCGUGUAGUCGACAUUCGUACGGCACGCGCCAUUAUCAAACGUCCAGUGACCAAAAGUGGUUCUCCUUCCAGGAGAACCUUUCAAAACUUCCUAGUAAAGAAUCGUUUCUCAGCAGCGUUCGCGCCAGCAAGAUUCGCAAAGUCGCCAGACGCUUGCCCCUCUACCGCGUUCAUCAUCCUCGACACCAGCACCGUCGCUCGUGGCACUUCUCCAGCAUCACAGCGUCAACCUCCUCCCGGCUGCGUUGGUGAUCGUCCAGACCGCGGAGGAGACAUUCGUGCACCCCGACGAGCUCCAUCGAUGCAUCCUUGGCCUCCGUUUUUCUCUUGCUGACGACCAACGUGGGAGCUGAAGGGAAAUGCACGGCAACAACUCGGUCCAAGGUAGACGAAGCGAUCAAACUGGAGGUGAUCCUCAAGAUCGAGCCGAACGUGCGGAUCCGUACUCCGGUACAAGCGCUUAGUGGGAGGGUAGUCGAGAAGUUUCGGGACUUACCGCUGGCGGAUGAGCGAUUCCAUCGGCCAGCACCAAUCUUCCUGAUCCUUGGCGCUGACGUCUACUCCAAGGUCAUUCAGCCAGGCUUCCACAUAAUCGACGAGAGACUGCCAGUAGCCCAAAAGACGGUGUUGGGGUGGAUCCCCUCCGGCGCUUGUACGCAAUCUUAAGGCGGAGACGACUGGACGGGUCACUCUCUCCUUUUUUGCAACGCGAGCGUUUGCAAGGGGGAUGACUGCCCAGGCCCUUUGCCCAGCAAAUCGGUACCGCUCUCCCGCUCUUUUCACAUCACUCCGACGUAAAGUCUUCACUGCGCACUGGAGCGCAUAGCUUACGUAGGCUUAAGUUAGAUAUGGUUCUGGCACCCAAUCAAUAAAACCGCUGU